AAUUUGUUUUCUUCAUCCUCAAUUUAUAUUUGAGAAAACAAAAAAUUAAUACAAUCAAAAAUAUAAAACGAUACUAUGUCUGAGGAAAUAGUAUUUGAUUGUCUACAUGCUGAAAUAGUGAAUUAUUGCCUAGAUGAUAACAAGGAAAAUGAUUUUUCCACUUUGGAAUACAUCGGUUUUACCACCGGGUACCGACUAAUAGAGCGAAUGACUCGUGAUGUCUCCCGUUUCAAGGAUGAGUUGGAGACGAUUAAAUUUAUAUGUACUGAUUUUUGGACAUCGAUUUAUAAGAAGCAGGUGGACAAUCUUCGCACCAAUAAUCUGGGGAUGUAUGUUGUCCAGGACAAGGCUUUCCGGUUUUUAACAAGGAUAACACCUGGAGAAAAACAAUUGGAACAUGCACCCAAAUUUGUGGCCUUCACGUGUGGUUUGGUGCGAGGAGCCCUCAGCAAUUUGGGAAUCAAUAGUACGGUUACAGCUGAAGUUCAAUCAAUUCCAGCUUGUAAAUUUCACAUAGAAGUCAGUAGAGUCUAAUAAAUUUAGUUGAAAGGUA